CACUUUCGGUGUACGUUAAUUAAUCUUCUGUUAUAUCACACAGGCUCAAUAGAACAUUACUAUCCGGAGACACUUGUUUAAUGUCAAGAUACACACUGAGAAACCCAGCCUAGUGUAGGGUAGACACUGUGCUGUAUAUAGUGAAAAAAGUUACUUAAUCAGAAAAAAAGACACAGCUAAGUUGCAGAUCAGAAACUGAAUUCAAGGACCUACAUUGUCUACGUAUGACUAGAAGUAAAAAAAAUAAAGACUGAUAUAGAUGUGAAAACAAUGCCGACAGCACUUAUUCAGGGAGCAAGUCGAGGCAUUGGUCUACAAUUUUGCCGUUCCCUGGUUCACCGAGGUACUACUGUAGUUGCUUGUUGCAGAAACCCCUCCAGUGCAGAAUCCCUGAAGAAUCUUCAGGGACAAUAUCCUGACCUAGUGGAUGUUGUACAGCUGGAUGUCACAGAUGAGGCAGCCAUACAGCGUGCGGCUCAGCAUGUACACAAUGUUCAUGCCAGCAGACUUGAACUACUUAUCAACUGUAGUGGUAUCCUAAGUCCAACAGGAAGAGGUGAAACUCGUUUAAAGGAUGUUACAUUGAAGGGAUUGGAAGAGACAUUAGCUGUUAACACCCUUGGGCCACUGAUGAUGGCAAAACACUUCAGUCAACACCUGAUGGCUGGUGCAGGGACUAUUGGCCACCAGACAGAUGAUCCCAAGCAACACCAUGCUGCAGUUCUCGUCAACAUGUCGGCAAGAGUUGGAUCAAUAAGGGAUAAUGAGUUGGGAGGAUGGUACAGCUACAGAAUGUCAAAAUCUGCCCUCAACAUGGCCACUAAAAACCUCAGUAUAGAACUGGGUAGAGGAAAGAGGAAAGUUAUCUGUGUGGCUCUCCAUCCAGGAACAGUGAAUACAGACCUGUCUCGGCCUUAUCACAAGAAUGUGCCAGAGGGUAGCCUCUUUUCACCAACACAUUCAGUAAACUAUCUCUUGACAAUCAUUGAUAAACUAAGUAUUACAGAUACUGGUAAAUAUUAUGCCUGGAAUGGCACUGAGAUUCCAUAUUAAUUCAUUUAGUACAUACUGUACUAAGUUGUCUCUGCUGAAGACAGACAGAUUUACAGAAGUAAUAUUUGCAGUACUGUAAUUAAAAGUAAAUUCAUCAUUCAACAAACAUCAGAUUCAAGAAAUUUGUAAUGAAAACUAAAUGAGUCAUGUCCUCAUGAAACAA